GAUGUGCGUGGUCCUUGCCCUGGCUUGAAUGCUAUGGCAAACCAUGGAUACAUUCCUCAUAACGGUGUUGCUACCAUCCAAGAGUUCAUUGAUGGUACAUAUGAUGGUAAGUUUCACGUCACUUGAAUCAAGUAUCCUCCUCUAAUAUCACACAGUCUUCGGCAUGGGCAAAGAUCUUGGUGGUUUCCUUGCCAUUUACGGCGCUGUUUUUGAUGGCAACGGAGCUGAAUGGUCAAUCGGCGGUCCAACCCCCAACGUUGCAUCCCUUCUUGGCCUGCUCGGCAUCCCCCAAGGCAUCUCUGGCUCUCACAACAAAUACGAAGCCGAUGUGUCGCCCACACGGCCAGAUCUAUAUGAAUAUGAAUAUGGCAACGACUACAAAGUAAUCGUCCCCCAAUUCCAACAAAUGUUCGACCUCCAACCCGACGCCGCUACCGCGAACUACGACCUCUCGGUCCUAACUCCCUUCCGGGCUACCCGCUUCCAACAAUCCAUCUCCGACAACCCGUAUUUCUUCAACGGCCCCUUCUCCGGUGUCCUCGUCCAGCCCGCCGCCUAUACAUUCAUCUUCCGCUUCAUGGGCAACAAGUCCGCCGAAUACCCAGAAGGAAUCCUCAACCAAGACGUCCUCAAGAGCUUCUUCGCCAUCACCGGCGACAGCGGCUCCUUCACCUGGACCGAGGGCUACGAACGCAUCCCGGAUAACUGGUACAAGCGCGCCAUCGGCGACGAAUACACGAUCCCCUUCUUCCUGACCGACGUCCUGGCCGCCGCGGCUGAGUAUCCGCAGUUCCUCGACAUCGGCGGGAAUACGGGGACCGUGAACUCGUUCACGGGCGUCGAUAUCCAGAAUUUGACGGGAGGCGUGUUUGAUGGUGCUACGUUAUUAGAGGGUAAUAAUCUCGAGUGCUUCGUUUUUCAGGCGGUGGUGCAGGCUGCGCCAGAUAUGUUGGAGGGCACGGAGGAGAGUUUGCUGGAUUCGUUGGUGGGGCAGAUUAAUGGGGCGGUGGGGGAUGCGUUGGGGGAUGUGGCGUGUGAGAAGUUGCAGACGUAUAAUACGGAGCAGUAUAGCCAGUUCCCCGGGUCGACGGGGGUGGAUAGUGGUAAGAAUGCGAAGAGGAGGUAUAGGAUUUAGGGGGUGGUAGGGAAU